AUGAUUUCAGGACCUCAAGAGCCGCUUCCUGGUCGAACGCAUCUUGGAGACUACUGGCCAGUGUUCCCGUUCCAAAACCAGUUUUCCGGUGGUCUUGAUUUGGACCCUUCUCUUUCUCGGCAUAUAGGUGGUGAUAUGAACAUUGCCGUGCCGUCAUGGGGAAUUCUUGACAUUUACGGACGCUUCUUUAACAGAAUUCAUGACACAGUGACGAAAUUCGGUUAUAUGAACUAUCCAGUGAAUAUGUUGGAUUUAGAGAAGCAGGACUUUGUAAAACUUAUGAGCGACCCAUCGUUACAGUACAAUCGGAGUGAGUAG